GAAUUUAGGCCUACGUGAGAUCCCGUGGCGGACAUCCGGUCUCUUUUUCGUGGCGGACCGUCGUUGGGCCGGUUUGGCAAAAUGAAGCUAAACAUCUCAUUCCCAGCUACUGGCUGCCAGAAACUCAUUGAAGUGGACGAUGAACGCAAGCUCCGUACCUUCUAUGAGAAGCGCAUGGCCACUGAGGUGGCUGCUGACCCCCUGGGAGAUGAAUGGAAGGGUUACGUGGUGCGCAUCAGCGGAGGCAAUGACAAACAGGGCUUCCCCAUGAAGCAGGGUGUGCUUACGCACGGCCGUGUGCGCCUGCUGCUCAGCAAGGGCCACUCCUGCUACCGCCCCCGCAGGACUGGCGAGCGCAAGCGCAAAUCUGUCCGCGGCUGCAUCGUAGACGCCAACCUCAGCGUUCUCAACUUGGUCAUUGUCAAGAAAGGCGAGAAGGAUAUCCCCGGGCUGACCGACAGCACCGUUCCCCGUCGCCUCGGUCCUAAAAGGGCCAGCAAAAUCCGCAAACUCUUCAACUUGGCCAAGGAGGAUGACGUUCGACAAUAUGUUGUGAGGAGACCCCUGACCAAGGAAGGCAAGAAGCAGAGGUCCAAGGCUCCCAGAAUCCAGAGACUGGUGACCCCUCGUGUGCUGCAGCAUAAACGCCGCCGUAUUUCCCUCAAGAGGCAGCGCACCCAGAAGAACAAAGAGGAGGCGUCAGAGUACGCCAAGUUGCUGGCUAAGAGGAUGAAGGAAGCCAAAGAGAAGCGCCAGGAACAGAUCGCCAAGAGGCGCCGCCUUUCUUCUCUCAGGGCAUCCCAAUCCAAGUCUGAGUCCAGCCAAAAGUGAACUUAGUCAAAUAAAAUGUUUGGUCUAAA